CCAAAGUUUGACUCUGAGAUUGUAAUCCUAUAUAAUCAUCACCUUAGCCAAGUUCAAGGAUUAAAAAUUUGACAUUGGAAUAUUGGAUCUCAUUUGUGAGGCAAAACGAAAGAUGGGUCUACUUAGUUCUGAUCAACUCCAAUUCUUCAACUCUCAAGGUUAUCUUGUGAUUGAAUCGUUUGCUGGUGAGGAUGAGAUUGAAGGCAUGAUGAAGAGGAUGGAGCAAUUAGUGGAUAACUUUGAUCCUUCUUCCACCGCCUCUAUUUUCUCCACCAAGAACCAGCAAAAGUUGACUGAUGAUUACUUUUUCGAUAGCGUGGAGAGAGUUUCGUUUUUCUUCGAGGAGAAAGCAUUUGGAAAUAAUGGUGACUUAAAGCAGCCGAAGCAACUAUCCAUUAAUAAAGUUGGCCAUGCACUUCAUGAGAUUGAGCCGGCAUUCAAGAAGUUUUCUUCUUCUCAGAAAUUUUCAAGUUUGAUGCACUCCUUGGGUUACAAGAGGCCAGCAGUCAUGCAGUCUAUGUACAUAUUCAAGCAACCAGGCAUUGGGGGUGAAGUAGUGCCACACCAGGAUAGCUCCUUUCUUUAUACUGAACCUCAAACAUGUACAGGACUGUGGCUGGCUAUUGAAGAUGCCACCAAAUUAAAUGGUUGCCUUUGGGCAAUUCCUGGAUCUCACAAAAAUGGGCUUGUAAGAAGAUUCUUAAGAGAUGAAAAUGGUGUCAAAUUUGAUCGACCGUCACCAUCUUAUGAUCAAAAAGAUUUUGUUCCUAUUGAAGUAAAAUCAGGGUCUUUGGUUGUCAUCCAUGGUGAUCUUAUCCACCAAAGCUUUGAAAACCUUUCCCCGAAAUCAAGACACGCGUACAGCUUGCACGUUGUUGAUACUGAUGGCUGCAAAUGGGCACCCGAAAAUUGGAUCAGACGGAAAGUGGAGCCAGAACCACUCUAUGUCAGCUGAUCAUCAAUAAGCCCUUUUAUUUAUUUAGUUAAAUCACAAAAACUGUUGUACUCUUAACAUUUAUUUAAAUGUUUGAGCGCUGUAAUAAUCUCAAUCUCAACCUGGUUCAGCAAUUUGCCUAUGUCCACGGCCGAAGAGCAAUGAGAAUAAUUUUACUUUGAUAAAAUAGAAUUACAAGUUCACUUAGUA